AGAAAGAGACGGAUUACACGGACAGAGAGAGAGAGAGAGAGAGAGAAGAAGAAGACUGGCCAAAUGGGAAAAAGAAAAACCCAAACUUUCACACUUUCAACGCCUAAUCUGAUUCGACAAUCCACGCAAAUACUCCAAUUUCGAUUCUGAUGCUUCCAUAGCUUUUCGAUUGAUCGAGUUUUUCUUCCCAGCUUCCAAUGGCGAAGAAGAAAGUAAAGAAGAAGAUACAGGAGCGAAUCGAUAACUUGCCAGGCGGAUAUUCUCAGCAGCGAAGAAGCUCCCCGCCAAAACGCCGCACCGAUUUCUCCCUCUUCUUCUCCAAUUCUUCCGAUUCCGGUUCGUUGCUCUGUCAUAAAGUCGCUCUCUCCAAGAAUGCCUUAAAUAUUUUUCAUGACAGGAAUUCAGAAGAUAAAGAAUUUUUUCCAAGUUCUUUGGUUAGGUGCAGCAAGAUCACUGACGAAGGAUCGGGAUUUUCGACUGAUUCCUUAGACACUUCAGUUGUAGAGGCUGAAGUAGUUAACCAAAAGGCUUUACCGGAGUUGCACGAUGAUAGGGGAGUUGGCAGGCACACCAGUAAGGUUUUGGGGAUAUUGGAUCACACACCACAGAAGUCCCUUGUUACAGAAAGCAAGGCUCUCUGUGCAUCUCCAGCAAGUGUCGCAUGUGCUGGGACGCGCAAAAUGUGGUGGCCUGCUGAAGAGUCGAGCCGAGAGUUGGUGAAGAGCACCGCCACUUCUAAUCACUCAGAUCAACAAGAUCUAUCAUCUGAUAAAUCAACUUUGUCAGUUUUGAGCAGAACAGAGGAUGAUUUUCUUGAAAGAGGCAGGGGCAAGAGGAAACGUAAGCCUAAAAUUCACUUUGAUGACAUUAUUUUUGAACUUAAACCAGAAAGGAAAAUUCGUCGACUUAGGAUAAUGCGUUACCUUGGCCUUACACCUCCUGCUGGCUCUCCCUUCUGAGCUGCUCGCCUAAGAAUUGCUUCCAAGCUGUGCAUAUAUGGAUGGUGUAUGAUUUUUCUUAUUUAUUUCUGUGUGGAUCAUCAGGUUGUCUAGUUAGUUAAUUAGUUUUUUUUUUUUUG